AUGAAAAUGAAUAACAUCACCGAGCCACACAGCCGCAGCAUGCUCCAGAGGCACAGGUACGGCCACCACAAGCACCGGCACCACGCCGCCACCGUAGUGGCAGGCUGCAAGGUGAACUUCGACGCAGUAAACUACAUGCCCCUGCGCAGGCGUUGCAGGGCUCCGUACCGAACGGGAACCUGCUGCCCGGCUUUCAAGAGAGUGGCAUGCCGCUUUACCGAUGAAAUCAACGACCAGAAGUCAAAUUGUGCCGGUGAGAUGUUUGGCCACAUCAACAGGUUCUACCCCAAAGGCUGGUUCUUCCAGAACUGCGGAGAAGGGCCCUUAGGCCUCAACUGCCUGCAGAUUUAG